UGUGUAUAUCUGAGGAUAAUAUUGUCUUAUAAUGAUAUAUCUGUAAGAAAGACACGGUUUGAAACUUUAUCAAAACAAUAUGUAACCCAGUUAUCAAAAAUAUGAGUAUUGCAAAUCUAUAUUCAUUAUGCGCACCUUUAACACACUUAUUAGCACACUUUUAUUAUUACUUGGUAUUUCUGUUAUGAUAUCAAUAAUGAUGGCUUUAUCAAAUUUAUCGCCUAAUUGUUCACAAGAAAAUAACGCCGUAUCUGAUGACGAUCAUGAAACUUGGGGUAUCCACCGUCUUGCAGUAAUAGUUCCCUUUAAAGAUAGAUUUGAAGAACUUUUGCAGUUUGCACCUCACAUUCAUAGAUUUCUAAACGCUCAGAAAAUUAGACAUAAACUAUAUGUGAUUAAUCAAGUUGACAAGCUGCGUUUUAAUCGUGCAUCCCUCAUCAACGUUGGCCAUAUUUUAAGCAGAAAGGACUGUGAUUAUUUAGCUAUGCAUGAUGUAGAUUUAUUGCCAUUGAACCCGAAACUUAGCUACGCUUACCCAAAAAAUGGCCCUUUUCAUGUUGCAUCGCCGGAAUAUCAUCCUAAGUACCACUAUUCCACCUUUGUCGGAGGUAUUCUACUCCUAACAAAAGAACAGUUUGAAAGUGUCAAUGGAUUAUCAAAUAGGUACUGGGGUUGGGGCCUGGAGGAUGAUGAAUUUUUUGCCAGAAUGCGAGAUGCAAAGCUUAAUAUUAGUAGACCGUCUAAUCUGAACAGUGGCAUUCAUAAUACAUUUCGGCAUUUACAUGAUCGAGCUGCGAGACGUCGCGACACAGCACGAUUAUACAACCAGAAGGAAUCUACAAGGAAAAGAGACCACAUUACUGGACUUAAAGAUGUUCACUAUGAACUUGUGUCUACUCAUCACAUUACCAUAGAUUUUGCUCCCAUUAUUUUGCACAAUGUGAAACUGAUAUGUAAUCGUACUGCCACACCCUGGUGUGAAAAAAAUGCUAUUGUUAAGAAAACGUGAUAUUUAAAUAAUUGUUAGAAAUACUUAAUUACAGACGAUGUGUAAAACUUAAAAUUUAGCUGAGAAGGAAUGCAUUUAAACAAUUACUACUUAAGUAUUAGAUAAGCCAAGCUUGCAGGUUUUAGCAACAACAAAUGUGUCGCAUUUUUUAAUGCAAAAAUACUAUGUAUAUAUUUACCUUUUUUAGAACUCUAGCAUUCCGAAACUUUCAAGUUUCUUUUUCUUUGUUGCUUCAAUAGAGCUGACUUGUGCUUGAUAAUUAUUUUAAAAGCUAGUAAUUUGUCCUAAAAAGGUGAUUAAAGUUUUUCAUAUAAUCAGAACUAUCAGAGAGAAAUUGAUACGAAGACUAACCAGGGGUAGAUUUGGUGAAUUGGGUCUGCUUUGCGACCUUUACACAAAAUUCUUCAUUGUAAAAGCAGCCACUUUACAAAAUUUCAUAUUUUAAAAUAGAUCUUUCGCAAAAUGUUAUUUGUAAAAACAAUUCUUUCAUCACUUCUAAGCUCAAUCAGGUCGUCUGAAUGCGUAAAAUCAGUAAAAAGUAAUCUCCAGGUCCAAGUCAUUCCAAGUGAAAUACAUUAGG